AUGUCUGCACCAACUUCGAUGCUGACACCUUUUUCCUGCUACCCGUUCAACCCGUUCCAAAUCAACGGAACACAGGCACCGAACACCACAGUCUGUCCACACGGAUGCUAUUGUGCAUACUGCAGAAUUCCAGCUGACAAACAUUUAUUGUCCUUUCGACAUAAAGUUUACUGCAAUAAGAGACCAUAUACUCAUAUUCCUUCAGCAUCGAUUCCGGUGGAUGUAAGUUUUUUAUCCAUGAACCAAAAUUAUAUUGCUGGCAUCAGCGGCGAUAGCCUGGUGCACUUCACUCAGCUACAAGAAUUGUAUUUGAAUUACAAUAGUUUAUUAUCAUCUAAGAUGGAUGAUCAUAUAUUUGAUAGCCAAGUUAACUUGAUAUUUUUGCAUCUGGAUUACAAUCGUGGAUUAGCUAACAUUCGCAAAAGUUGGUUUCUUAAGUUGGUAUCCUUACAAUCUAUAUACAUUCAGCAUUCGGUUGUUAAGACUCUCGAAAAGGGUUUGUUUGAUAAUUGUCUUCAACUUCAAACAAUCUCUCUUACCGGAAAUCAGAUAGCUAAACUCCCUAUCGAUCUAUUUCACAACCUUCCAUUUCUGAAAAAUAUUGAUAUUGAGUCGAAUGACAUCGGUUUACUCCCUUCAUACCUAUUUUUUGGAUCACCGAACGUGACGCGGUUUUUCGUGCAAAAAAACAAGGUGACAACAAUCAGUCAAAAAGUUGGAUUCCAGGAGUUGACCAAGUUGAUUGCUCUUGGAAUUGAGUACAAUCCAUUAGUUUGUGAUUGUAACCUGGUAUGGUUUCGUAACUGGAUUAACCAAACCAAAGCAACACUUAUGGAACUCGAGCACGCUACAUGUAAAAACAAGGAUGGAAUUAGUCUAGUUAGCUUUGAUGCAAAUUCUCUUAGAUGCUAUGGUAUUGCGAUAAUUACCGUCAUUAGUACAUGUAGUUCAGUAGUGUUCUUAGUCGUUGUAUCUAUAAUCAUAUACACGUUCCGGUGGGAUAUCAG